CCUACCACAACCUCCCUGUCGUUAGUUAUUUAUAUAUUAGUAGUAACUAGAUAGAGGUCAAUUCAAACUGAUCUCCAGAUAUAUACAUUUAUAUAUUAAUCGACCCUCAUCCUCACAUUAUUACAGUAGCAAUAUAAUGGCUGAUUUUGAUAGCAGAGAAAACAGAAAGAAGGAGGUGAUAGGCAUAGUUGGAGCUGGAAUAAGCGGACUCUUGGCCUGCAAAUACUGCCUUUCUAAAGGAUUUGAUCCCAUAGUGUUCGAGUCGGAGAGUGGCGUUGGUGGCGUGUGGAGUAAGACCAUCGGGAGCACCAAGCUGCAGACACCAAAACCCCUUUACCAGUUCUCCGAUUAUCCGUGGCCCGAUUCUGUAACCGAAUUGUUCCCUCACCAGCAAACGGUGCUGGAGUACAUUGAGUCGUACGCAUGUCACUUUGAUUUGGCCAGACACAUUCAGUUCAACAGCAAAGUGUUGAGCCUCAGCUAUGAUGAAGAUGAUAAUGACGACUCAUCAGGAGACUUGUGGGGGGAGCCAUUUAGCAGCAGUAGUAAUAAAGGCAAGUGGAACGUCAAUGUACAACACAGUACUCCAACCCUCUCCACACAGGUAUAUGUUGUUGAUUUCGUAAUAGUCUGUGUGGGAAGGUUCAGCCAAAUUCCAAACAUACCACAAUUUCUUGGGAACAAAGGCCCUGAAGCUUUUGAGGGUGAAGUAAUCCAUUCAAUGGAUUAUUCCAAAAUGGACCCAAAAACUGCAGCCAACUUUGUCAAAGGAAAACAUGUAGCUGUAGUUGGAUUUCAGAAAUCUGGAAUUGACAUUGCCAUGGAGUGCUCUACGGUUAAUGGGAUUGAACGUCCAUGCACGGUAGUUGUCAGGACCCCGCACUGGAACCUUCCCGAUUUUUCCCCAUGGGGAUUACAUUUGGGAUAUCUCUACACGAAUCGAUUCUCCGAACUUAUGGUGCAUAAACCUGGUGAAGGCCUUCUUCUAAGUCUCCUUGCCACAACUCUUUCACCAUUGAGAUGGGCCUUCUCAAAAUUUGUAGAAAGUUAUAUAAAACGCAAAAACAGGCUUGCACAACAUGGAAUGGUGCCAGAGCACAGCUUCUUAAACGAUUUGAGUUCAUGUUCACUUUCUGUACUGCCGGAUGGCUUCUACGAUAGAGUUGAGCAAAGAAGUAUCAAGCUCAUCAAGAAAGUAGAGAUUGUUGGAUUCUGUAAAGAAGGUAUCUUGCUCAAGGGUCAAGCUGAACCAAUAAAAUCCGACUUAGUCAUACUCGCUACCGGCUUCAGGGGAAUUGAUAAGCUCAAACACAUUUUUGAAUCACCAAAAUAUCAAGAAUUCAUUGCAGGCUUAGAUGAUUCUGCUGCAGUUCCCCUCUAUAGGGAAUGUAUCCAUCCCGGAAUUCCACAACUGGCAAUAAUUGGAUUCUCAGAAAGUACAACCAAUCUAUACACAUCGGAAAUAAGGUGCCGGUGGCUGGCAGAGCUUCUUGAUGGAAAAUUCAAGCUACCUAGCGUAAAGAUGAUGGAGAAAGACAUAGCAGAAUGGGAUAAAUACAAGAAAAGAUAUUCUUACAACAAGUACUAUAGAGGAUCGUGUAUUGCUGCGUUGCAUGUUUGGCACAAUGACCAGUUAUGCAAGGACAUGGGAUGGAACCCUAAGAGGAAAAAGGGGUUUUGGGCUGAGUGGUUUGAACCUUAUGGACCAAUGGAUUACACUGGCUGAUAUAAAAGAGCUCCAAAAUCCUUCAUCCGGUUUCUUAUGUUUACUUUUAUUUUUUAACGUUAUUUGAAUUUUGUCGUUUUCUACCAUAAUCUCAAAUUGAUAAACAGUAUUGGUCUUAAGACUAGCAGGCUCUGUAUCAAUUAAUCGGUCCUAUGGUGUUCGAAAUUGUAUUCAAUUGCAAGGAAUCGCACAACCCAUAUCCUCUACUUGUUAUGAAUUAGCCAGGGCGCUAUCAGUAACAUGUAAUCUGAAAUUGAUGUAAUUGAUAUUGUGUUUUUGAAAGAAAGUAUUUCUAAAGCAUGACACAAUCACAACUUAUAGCUAGAUUGUGCAUUUGAGUGCUUCAGAAAUCAUUGAA